CACACACACACACACACACACACACACUGAGACACGCACACAAACACAUUCCGCCUGGUGGCUCGUAGAGAAAAAGUGAAAGUGAGGCCGGCGGUGUCAUUGUUUGUCCCUGUCUUCCUCCAGCACCGAACCGUCGCUAUGUCUCUGCUCACCGUGUCCCGGUUGUUCAGGAGUGCGCUGAGGACUCAGCUGGUCUCCGCGGCUCAUCUGUCGUCCAAACCUGCCAAACACAAUGUCACUGCAGGGGAGCAAGCAAUAGCCAUGACAGUCCUGAUGAUGACCAUCCUGGGCCCCUCCGGCUGGAUACUGGCUCACCUGGAGGACUACAAGAAGAAGUAGAAGAAGAAGAAGAGAGGAUUAGUCCGGUCCAGAUGAAGACGCCGGCCAGUCAACCCAGUCCCCCCGUCCAGCUCUCUGCUGCGUCGAUCCUCGGCUGCUGAGAUGAGAGCUCAGUUUUCUGCUUGUUUCCAGCUGACCUGUGAUAAUGUACAUCUGUGCACCUGUAAACCUCUCACCAAUAAACACAUGUUCAGUGUAAAGGAAACUGG